CCCACGUGUUUCCUUCUCAAAGUUUAGGUAACAUGGCCAACCUGGAGCAGACAGAUGAUGAUCCCAAACGAAGUGUAACCAACACAGAUCCGUCCUCGGUGUUGAACCGGGCUCCGGCUGUUCCGUGUCUGAUCCCGAGUUUCGCGGACGCGCGUGAGCUCGUGCCCGCGCCGUAUUCGUGUCUCGUGCUGCACACGCACCGCAGGCACGUUGCUCUGCCGCCCAUGUACCUGAACAAGAAGAGGACGGGGAUCCAGCAGGAACUCAACGCUGACCUUUUAAAGUACUCCAGCAGUUUGAAAGGCGUGCCUUUGGCAUAUGAUGGCAUCAAAAUUAUAGGACAUCAUGGGGACAUUUUCGAUGACCAAGGCUACAUUCACUUAAACAUUGAGGCAUCGUUUGUGAUAUUCAAGCCCAAGAAAAGAGAAAUACUAUUGGGCGUGAUAAAUAAAAUCGGAGUGGGCCAUGUGGGCUGCCUGGUGCACGGCUGCUUUAACGCCAGCGUGGUGAAGCCGGCUCAGCUCACUCCUGAGCAGUGGAGAGACUUGGGCCUGAAGUUGGGAGGCAGCCUGAAGUUCGAGGUCUCUCAGCUGGACGCUGAUGUGGCUGGAGUUCUGCUGAUCAGAGGAAGACUGGAAAAAUCCAGGGUGAAUGAGCUUAUUGCGUCCUUCAGCAGUCCAGAAACAGGGCAAGAUGAGGCCACUGAACCAGACUCGAUCACCACUGAAGAGCCCUUUGAGAGCUUGGACACUUCAAAACCAAAGAAGAAAAAGGACAAAGAAAGGGACACACGGCCUGUGGAGGAGGUCAGCAGCAACCAGACAGAUGAGGCUGCGACUCAGAGCGUUAAUGGAAUGGAGGUGGCUUCUGAUCCCAGCAACCGUCCAAAGGAGGAAAAAAAGAAAAGGAAAAAGGAUAAAAAGCAGGAAUCGGAGGGCAAGAUGCCGUCCUCCAACACUGAUCUCCCAGGCAGUGACUCGAGCGGAUACAUCAGCGAUAAAAGCAGUAAAAAGAGAAAAGCACAGGAGGUUGAGCUCUUCCAAGAGGACUCUGAUAUUCUUUCAGCAAAAAAGAAGAAAAAAGUGAAGUGAUGCUUGCUUUUAUAGUGUGGCUUUUAAUUUUUAAAGUAACUGAAUAUGCAUUAUUAGUAGUGUGUUAUGUGCUGAUGCAAUAAAGGACAGAUUACACUGUAA